AAAAAAAAAAAAAAACAUUGGCAGCCAUUAGCCAACACAUCGCCAUCACCGUCAGUCUAAUCAAGUUCUUUCCCUAUCAGUAACCAAAAGACGACGCUGUCCGCUAGUCUCUGCAACUAUAUAUAGUUAGCAUAUAAGCGCUACCAAUCGACUUUCAUCCCGUAGCUAAACUCUACUGAGUACUGGGCUUACAGGUUACAUCUACAGAGCUACUGAAGAAGAUGGCUCGAGGAGUAAUUGUGGAUGAGAAAUUCUGUUUCAAAGAGGAAACCGACCUCACAGUCCACAAAACAUCCAUCUUCUUUCCCGGAGAUGGAUUCAUUGUCUAUGAUCCCUACGGCGAAGUCAUUUUCCGAUUCGACUCAUACGGUCCAAAUUCGGAGCCAAAAGACGAGCUCGUUCUCAUGGAUGCCACCGGUAAGUGCCUACUCUCUCUUAUUCGAAAGAAGCCGAGUCUUCAUCAACGGUGGGAAGGGUUUUUAGGUGAGAGAAAGGAAGAUGAUAAUCAUAUCCAUCAUCUUCAGGAGCCAGUUUUUACUGUUUGUAGAUCGAGUAUAAUCGGACGGUCUAGACUGGUGGUGGAGGUUUGUAGCGAUCCAAGUGAGGAGUAUCAGAUAGAAGGGUGUUAUGCACAGCGACGGUGUAAAAUUUACACUGUUUCAUUGGGGGAUUCGUCAAAGCAAGCUGUGGCCGAGAUUAAAAGAAAAGUGGACCCCUCAACUCAGGUGAUGCUUGAUAAGGAUGUGUUUUGGCUUUGUGUUAAGCCGGGGCUUGAUGCUGCGUUUGCGAUGGGAUUGGUGCUUGUUCUUGAUCAGAUGUACGGUGAUGAUGAUGGUGCGCGCCAAGUAGAUGAUCCUACCUGAUAGCUUUUGGAUCUUUUGAAAUAGUCGUUGAGAAAAAAAAAAUAAAUAAACGAACAAAAAUUUAAAAUUACUAUUUGUUCAUGAAUGUGUAUUAUUUAAGCCAUUGUUUUAAUGGAAGAAUUUCAGUAUGUUACGUGGACACUCCGAAAUAGAUGACGGGUGUGCUUGAAAGGAAUAAACUGAAAACGUGGCAUAUUUCAAAAUUUUCAA